AUUACUGUGGUAAGGCUCAUUCAUCGCGUUUCGAUAGAACCGUUGAAUACCGUGCUCGAGCUCAUGCAACAACUGGAGUCGGUCAAAAUACACUUGGCGAGCAGCGGCUUGUCAUUAGGAGGUAUUGUCACGUCUCAGCUAGCCCCGACGAAUGAAUUUAGCGAAGGAGUACUUAUGGCAGCUCUACAAAGCAGUCAGCCUCAUAAUAUAUUUGUUUUGGACGAUGCGAUCGCUCCGGCAUGCGCUCGUUGUGGUCGUGACCGUUCAAGAACGGAUAGUCGCCCGGGUUGUCCCUUGUGUUCUACGUAG